AUGAGACCGUUUCUCACUCUCUCGGAGCUCAGGUGGGCUAAGAUCGCCUGCUACAAAGUUAUACAACGAGAAUAUUACUCGACAGAGAUAAGCCUCAUGAAACAAGGAAAAGCGCUGCCAAAGAGAAGCAACUUGCGCAGCUUGACACCGUUCAUCGACCGUGAGGGCAUUAUUCGUCUUGGUGGUAGACUUCAGAAUUCGCCGCUCUCGUUCGGCGAGCGACACCCGGUAAUUUUGCCAGGAAGCUGUGAGAUUGUUCGGAGGUUGAUCAGCGGUAUUCAUAAGUUGACUCUUCAUGGGGGCGUGCAGUUGAUGCUCUCGCAGUUGCACCGUGAGUACUGGAUCACUGGCGCAAGGAGGAUCGUCGUCGGACUAUAUCGCGACUGCGUGAAAUGUGCACGAUACCGAGCUCAAACAGGAAGGCAACAGAUGGCUCCGCUGCCUGCAGAACGCCUCAUUCCACAGCGACCCUUUGCAAGCACUGGAUUGGAUUAUGCCGGACCAGUGUCCGUGCUUUUCUCGCGUGGUCGCGGAGCGAAGAGCACAAAGGGCUACGUAGCGAUUUUUGUAUGUCUCGUUGUGAAGGCAGUACAUAUUGAAAUUGUAUCGGAUCUUACCACGGAUGCUUUCUUGGCAGCUUACGCGAGAUUUGUAGCUCGCCGAGGAGUGUGCACGAGAAUUUACUCGGACAAUGCUACGACUUUUAAGAAGGCCUCGACUGAGCUUGCACGCAUGUUCACGGAGGCUUCGGACUUCUAUUCGACGGUCACGGAACGACUUGCGUCUCGGGGCACGGAGUGGACUUUCAUACCCCCGCGAGCUCCGCACUUCGGUGGAUUAUGGGAGGCAGCUGUCAAAAGCUUUAAGUAUCACUUCAAAAGGAUUAUUGGCGAUACACCGAUGACAUUCGAAGAGUUAUCUACACUGGCUGCCCAAAUCGAAGCGUGUCUGAAUUCUCGCCCUAUCUGCAGACAAAGCGAUUGUCCCGAUGACCUAGUGGCAUUGACACCUGGACACUUUUUGGUCGGCUCUGCGUAUCUUAUUCAAUUGGAAAAAUGUGAGAAAGAUCAAAGAAGGAGCUUGAACGAACGUUGGAGAUUGAUUGUGCAGCUUCGUAAUUCGUUUUGGGUGCGUUGGAGGAAGGAGGUUUUGAACCAGUUGCAGCAGCGUAACAAGUGGUACGACCAGCACGAAAAUUUCAAGAUUGGUGACAUGGUAUUGGUAAAGGAUGAGCUUUCACCUCCCGCGCGGUGGCCGCUUGGAUUGGUCACUGAGGUGCACCCUGGUAAAGAUGGACUUGUGCGUGUAGUCACGAUCAAGACCGCUUCGUCUCAGCUUAUGCGACCGAUCGUUAAGCUGGUGAAACUUCCAUUGGACCAGGACGCUCAAGAGUGCAUUAAUGAAGACAGUGCAUGA